AUGCAGCCGCUCCUGCUCCUGUUGACCUUUAUUCUACUCCGGGGAGAUGAGGCAGGAAAGAUCAUUGGAGGCCGAGAGGCCAGGCCCCAUUCCCACCCCUACAUGGCCUUUCUUCUGAUCCGGAGUCCAGAAGGGCUGAGUGCUUGCGGAGGAUUUCUGGUGCGCGAGGACUUUGUCAUGACAGCAGCUCAUUGCUGGGGAAGCUCCAUAAUUGUCAUCCUCGGGGCCCACAACAUCCAAAGGCAAGAAAGGACCCAGCAACACAUCCCUGUGCUCAGAGCCAUCCGCCAUCCCGAUUACAACCCAGAGAUCAUCCAGAAUGACAUCAUGCUACUACAGCUGAGCCGGAGAAUCCGGAGGAGCCGAGUGGUGAAGCCCGUGGCUCUGCCUCAGGCCAGCAAGAGACUGCAGCCUGGGGAUCUGUGCACAGUGGCUGGCUGGGGCCUGGUGAGCCAGAACAGGGGAACAAAUGUACUCCAGGAGGUGCAGCUAAGAGUGCAGAGGGACCAAAAGUGCAGCAAUCGCUUCGAAUUCUACCGCAGCCAGACUCAGAUCUGCGUGGGCAACCCAAGAGAGAGGAAAACUGCGUUCAGGGGUGAUUCUGGUGGUCCUCUGGUAUGUAACAAUGUGGCCCAGGGCAUCGUCUCCUAUGGAGAUAGGAAUGGUACUCCUCCAGCCGUAUUCACCAGGAUCCAGAGCUUCAUGCCUUGGAUAAAGAGAACAAUGAGACGCCUUGCACCUUGGCAUCAAGAACCUGCUGACACCCUACCUGAGGCAGCCAUCAGCUCUAGGGGAUUUCCACAGCCUUGA